GACUUGACUCCAUCUCACCGGCGCGGCGAUCAACAUAAUUAUGGUCCGCAGCAUGUCAACUUCCGGUUAACAACGGCGUAAACUUGACAACGCUUUGCAGGAAGAGUGACAUACAGACAUCUUGUGGUUCCUGUCGUUUGCUGAAGGAAGAAAGAUGUACAAAUUAGAUUUACCAGUAGAUUACAAAGAAGCCGCGGCUAUUGAUCGCCGCCGGCGUAUGGAGGAGGAGAGAAAAUCGAGAAUUUUCAACGCAAAGUGUAGAACAAUCGGGGUUGACACACAAGCAAUUGAUCAGCAAGUCCAGGACAAGAAACAACACGAGGACUAUGAGAGGAAAAGAGAAAUAGCAUUUGCAAAUGAUGCCGUAAGAAAUGAUAAAAUCUCACAGUUAAUAGAAAAGCGCCAAGAAGCAGACAUGAGAGAAUUAAACAGAGCAAUGAAUGAAUUCCGCAUGAUGCACCAACAGCCGGAUAGUCGAAGAGAGUUUGAUUUGUAUGAUCCAGACUACCUCAAAAAGGACAAACCAGCCAGAGUAAGCGACGAUGAUCCAAGAUGUGGCGUGUCAAGUAUACAGAAAUUUGAAGGUGAAGAUCUAAAUAGCAAAGCCAGAAGGAAGUACCAACAGGAACAGCUGAGGGAAUGGUCCACGGAGCAAAAGGAGGAGAGGGAACAAGCUGAGAGGAACCAGAACACAGCGGAUAGGCUGUAUGACCUGAAAAUGAAGGAACUAGAUCAGAGGGCGAUGGAACUAGCUAAAGCAGAAGAGGACUGUAGGAGAGCAAUUAAUGUGGCCACUAAGGAUUACAACAAUGCCCUGGCAAGAGAAAGAGAUGAGAAGGAUAGGUUAAGGAAACAGCAGGAACUGGAUGAUAACAUGACAGAGAUUGCCAAUCAUGUGUUUGGAGAUGUCCUUACUGAGAAUCCAUCAGUGGCACAAAGUGCAUUUGGGCCCCACAGGGUCAUUACUGACCGUUGGAAGGGAAUGACCCCUGCCCAAAUUGAGGCUGUCAGAAAGCAACAAGAACUUCAGAGGCAAGAGAAAGAGAGGGCAAAUCAGGAAGAAAAACUAAGACAAGAGGAAUGGGAACGUCAGCAGAAUGCCAAUGCCCGGGCAGGUAUGCUAAUGGAACGCGAGAUGGAGCGCAAACGCAGGGAACUAGAACGUCAACAAGCCGAGGAAAAUCGCCGUCUUGCAAAGGAACAGAAAGGACACAUAGAUUUCUUGGAUAAGGAAGUCUACACAAAUCCCCCCACUGCCUCUUAUUUCAUGCAAUUUAACACUAGCACUCGAUAAAGUGUUUAGAGGGAUCCAGGGGGGUGUUGUUUUAUUUUAUUUCAAUUGUUGAGAAUACGAGUAUUGGAGUUGUUAUGAGAGAAUGUAUAUGGUGAAAAUCAUGUUUUUAUGAAUCCUUAACUCUAGUUUGUACAUGUUAAAUUCUUUUCCUUCAAUCUUAUAUCCUGUGCUUCUGAAGAGCAUUUCUGUGAACAUGCACAGUCAUGCAUGCAUACCAUAUGUACCUGUAAAUUUGAUUGCAUGUAAGAACAGAGUUUAAUGUAUUGCUGUUUCUAUAUAUUUAUAUGGAUCAUUCUAGGUAAUAUGUUUUGUUUAUAAUAAGGAAAUGUACUUUGAAUCUCAUUUCCAACCUUUGUCAUUUAAAAGAGAAAGUAUAUUAAUUCUAGAACAGGUUAUUGUAGUGUCUGUGGCUUGUUUGAGCUUUUUAUAGCAGUGAGGACAUGGCAUUUCAUGAAAUGCUUUUCAUUUCACCAUUGAUAACAUAUUACAUACAUUUUAUUUGAAAGUGCUUCUGACUACUUAAGUAGUGUAUCCAUAUUGAUAGUACAUUAGUACAAGCAAUCACAAGUAGAGAGGAAUUGACAGGCACAUGUUUGAAUAUGAUUUUGUAUACUGUAUCUUGUGCAUGUCAUGAAAGAGGAUAUCUGUGGUACACUGAAAACAGUAAUAAACUUGUAAAUAUAUAUAA